AUGCGUUUACAUUCCGCUAUCUUAUCAUCACUCGCUCACCACCGCAUCACCUCCAGAUUCCGCCAGAUAUAUUCUCUACAACGACCGGCCGACGCCAUCGCACCAAUGGCCACCUCCGAGGACUCACUUCGACGAGCUCUUGCUGAGAAACAAUCCACGAUCGAUGCAAGCGGCAACACGAUACGUCAAUUGAAGUCUUCCGGCGCAUCAAAGUCGGAGAUAGACGAAGCCGUUAAAGCACUCAAUGCUCUGAAACUCGAGAAAACAUCGAUUGAGACUCAACUGAAAGCUUCCAUUUCUGGUGAUGCUAACGGCUCUGUUAUGAGCAGAGAUGCGUUUCGUCAGGCCGUCGUUAAUACGCUCGAACGACGUUUGUUUUACAUCCCGUCGUUCAAAAUUUACAGAGGUGUUGCUGGUUUAUAUGAUUAUGGUCCUCCUGGCUGCGCCGUUAAGUCUAACGUCCUUGCUUUCUGGCGUCAGCAUUUUGUUCUAGAGGAGGAUAUGCUAGAAGUUGAUUGUCCUUGUGUCACCCCUGAAGUUGUCUUGAAAGCCUCUGGUCAUGUUGAUAAAUUUACUGAUCUUAUGGUUAAAGAUGAAAAGACUGGAACAUGUUACAGAGCUGAUCACCUCCUUAAAGAUCAUUGUAAAGAUAAGCUUGAAAAAGAUCUGGCUAUGAGUGCUGAAAAGGCUGCUGAAUUCAAACACAUUCUUGCUGUUCUUGAUGAUCUUUCAGCUGAGGAACUUGGUGCAAAGAUCAAGGAAUAUGGCAUUGUUGCACCUGACACUAAGAAUCCUCUCUCAGAUCCUUACCCUUUCAAUCUCAUGUUUCAAACCUCAAUUGGUCCUUCUGGUGUGAGCCCUGGGUACAUGCGUCCUGAAACAGCACAAGGCAUAUUUGUUAACUUCAAAGACUUGUAUUAUUACAAUGGGAACAAGCUACCAUUUGCUGCUGCUCAAAUCGGUCAAGCUUUCAGAAAUGAGAUAUCUCCUCGACAAGGUCUUCUAAGAGUCCGUGAAUUCACACUUGCAGAGAUCGAACACUUUGUGGAUCCUGAUGAUAAAUCACACCCAAAGUAUUCUGAAGUUGAAAAGCUUGAGUUUCUCAUGUUCCCAAGGGAUUUACAAAUGUCAGGCCAAUCUGCAAAAAGACUUUGUCUUGGUGAAGCUGUUUCUAAGGGGAUUGUGAACAAUCAAACACUUGCAUACUUCAUCGGAAGAGUAUAUCUAUUUUUGACAUGUUUAGGGAUCGAUGAAGAACGUUUGCGUUUCAGGCAGCAUCUUCCAAAUGAGAUGGCCCACUACGCUGCAGAUUGUUGGGAUGCUGAAAUCGAAUCCUCUUAUGGUUGGAUUGAAUGUGUUGGGAUUGCUGAUAGAUCCGCAUAUGACCUACGAGCACACACGGAUAAAAGUGGUGUUGCUCUUGUGGCUCAAGAGAAAUUUGCAGAACCUAAAGAAGUGGAGAAACUUGUUAUUACUCCCAUUAAGAAGGAGCUUGGUCUUGCAUUCAAGGGUAAUCAAAAAAUGGUGGUUGAAGCAUUGGAGGCGAUGAGUGAAAAAGAGGCGAUGGAUAUGAAAUCUGUUUUGGAAACCAAAGGAGAGGUGGAGUUUGAAGUUUGCACUCUUGAGAAAACUGUUGCAAUAACCAAAAAAAUGGUGACAAUAUCAAAAGAAAAAAAGAAAGAACACCAGAGAGUUUUUACACCUUCUGUGAUCGAACCUUCUUUUGGCAUUGGUCGAAUCAUCUACUGUCUCUAUGAACAUUCUUUCUACAUGAGACCAAGCAAAGCUGGAGAUGAACAGUUGAAUGUCUUCCGUUUUCCCCCUCUUGUGGCCCCCAUCAAAUGCACUGUUUUCCCAUUGGUUCAGAAUCAGCAAUAUGAGGAAGUUGCUAAAAAUAUCUCCAGAUCUUUGACUGCAGCUGGGAUUUCAAACAAAAAAGAUAUUACAGGUACGUCAAUAGGCAAAAGAUAUGCGAGAACAGAUGAGCUGGGUGUGCCGUUUGCUGUGACUGUGGAUUCCACGUCAUCAGUCACAAUCCGUGAAAGGGACAGCAAGGAUCAAAUCCGUGUCAGCAUUGAUGAGGUGGCGGCUGUUGUCAAGGAGGUUUCUGAGGGUCGUGCCACAUGGGCGGAUAUCUUGAACAAAUACCCUGCCCACACUUCAGCUUCUGCAGAUGAGUGAUCAGUGAAGUUGUAAUGUAAGACAGACUCUUUGUUUUUUUUUUGGUGUUAGAAACAAUGUUGCUGUUUGUUUUUAAAUUCCCAACACGCCAAUACUUUUCUCAACACAUAUCAUGCAUAUCAGAAUUUAGCGCUCAUAUAGUAUAGGCUUGUUUUCGUCUUUUCACUUAUGUUGGAAAAAAACAAAUACAAGAACUUAAUUUUUCUGUUGGUUGUGUUGUGG